CCGUGAAGCGAUGUUUUGUUUGGUUCAGAGCCCUCUCCCCCGCCCCCUUCGAUACGCUUCGACGGACUUUCCGGUUCGGUUCUCUCUUCUUCCGCUUCUCCGUAGCCAGAAUCGGAGAAUCAAUUUCAGGAAUCUCCGAGAUUCUUCCUGCACCUGCAGCACCAUCAUCUGAUGUCCGGAAUGGAUUCCGAUUCGUGGACUGCUCGUCUCUCCGCUGCUUCUUCCAGGCGCUACCAUUCCCGAUUCGAUCUGUAUCACGGAGGCGAAGACGUUGACGGUCAUGACGAGUCGCGCCCGGAGUUUUUGUGCCCGUUUUGCGGUGACGAUUUCGACGUCGUCGGGCUUUGCUGUCACAUCGAUGAGGAGCAUGCGGUCGAAGCGAAGUCUGGGGUGUGCCCAGUUUGUGCAAAAAGAGUGGGGAUGGAUUUGGUUGGCCAUAUUACCAUGCAACAUGGGAACCUUUUAAAGGUGCAGCGCAAAAGGAGAUUACGUAAGUUUGGAUCUAGUUCAACAUUUUCUAUAUUGAGAAAAGAACUGCGUGAAGGAAACUUGCAAUCACUUCUUGGGGGGUCUCAGUACUUUGUCUCCUCCUCUAGUACGGAAGCUGACCCAUUGCUGUCCUCCUUUGUCAACAAUCUUCCUGUGGUUGAUGAGCUUGUAAGCACUAAGCCUCAUUCCUCAGUGGAAGCAAGUUUGGUAAAGGAAAGCUCAAGUGAUUCACAGAGGAAGAUCCAACAAUCUCCAUUGUCAGACAAGGACCAAGAAGAGAAAACUAGAAGGAGCCAGUUUGUCCAAGGUUUGCUGCUGUCCACUUUCCUGGAUGACAUGUAGGAGGCGGGGGAGAUUUAUGGCUAAUCUGCCAAUAAUUAUAUAAACUGGGAAUCAUAAUAGUUCGAGGAGAGGAGCUAGCGGAGAAGAGAAUGCAACUAUUCUACCCAUGAAAUAGUUUGCUUAAAACAAAAAAAGAAAAGAAAUGGAGGAACAUUGUAAUCCCAACUUAUGUAAAACAGCUUGUGUGUAUAUCGGAAGAAUGGAACGACAUAAUGUAGUUGAUGCUCUGCACUACCUUUAACCGGAUCGAACCACGCACUCUUCCUCAUCUGCACCAUUGUCUCUCUUUAUUAUAUGUAUGUAUUUGUUUGUUCCUCUCC